UGCAGUACCCAUUGAUAUCAGUGGUGGUGUCUGGCAUCCUAGCCACACCCGCGCACCACUGGCAGACACUCAGUAGGCACCCGGUGUUCGCUACGCUGGAUGGAGAAGUUCCUUAAACCCACAAAGAAGCUCAAGCUGCACAAUGACAGUUUUAAGAAAGUCAAGGCUCCUGCCCCCGCCAAGGACACGCCCCAGGAGCCACGGAAGCAGGAUGAAGGAAGCAGCGACGCCCGAGACACGCUGCUGUGUGUGGAGGGCGGCGACGGGCGGCGAGUUACCUGCUGGCGCCCAGGGUCACCAUACAGGCUGCGGGGCGGGGGUGCGAAGUAUGUAUCUCCACGGCAGGUGGUGGUGGCAGUGCCUCAGGGGGCCACGAGGAGCCCUGAGGGAAGGUGGUCGCUGCAGCCUGUCACUCUGAACAAACUCCGACUGACGUCCCUGAAGGUCAUGAUGGCAGGACACCCCCUCGAGGGGGUCCUGCUCAGCGUCCUGCUGCACUCACGUGAGGAGGAAGCGGCGCUUGAGGUGGACUUUCAGUCAGCUAUAGAUUACCUAAGGGAUUUCUACGAGACCGGUAUGCACCUGCUGGAGAUUGUCGAGGACGACACGCGCGCCACGACCAGGUUCCUCGUGGGUUCAUGGCAGGACCCCCGGAUGCCUGACCUGCCCCUCUACAGGCCGGGCGUGGCUGGCGGACCCUGGGUCAGGGACGCCAUCAGUGGUAACCACAAGUUUCUAGAGACUGUAAGGUCGUACCAUAGUGACCGACGCCUUCCUCACGACCUUGAAUUCUUCCUCUCCGUGAGCAGCGAGCAGCGGGCACGUCUGGAGGAGCUGUGCACCGGGAAGACUAUGGACGACCCUCAAGACCCGUGAGGGGACGGGUGCUGAGCCGACGAGUCUGGCACACUGGAGGAACUGAAGGAGUCGCUCGGUGCCUCUGGUCCUCACUGGGUCACGAGACAAAUGAACGACUUGCAUUCAGGACCAGCCAUUAGAAGGAUCACGGUGCAUCAUGACCUUCACGUCACCUCGCAGCGCCCGCGCGUGAGGCGUGACGCGUGAGACGUGACGCUUAACACUGUGAUGGACAAGUGAGGCGGGUGAUGGGCCGCCUUGUGCUCCCUUAAUAACUACCAUGAAGGACGGUAAUUAGUGAACAAUGAUUCUUUUGAGCUUUGCUGUUUUGCAUUAAUACAUGCGACGCAAAGAACACGGCACGAGCGCUAAAUCAGUCACGGAAAUACUGCCCAACACGCCGACGCUUUCCUCGUGAAAUAUUCAAGUGGUAAGAAAUUCCUGAACCAGGAUAAUUCAUGUUACAAAAGUUAGAGAGGCAAAUGAGCUUAUUAACAAUUCUAUUAAUACUUGAAAUACGUUAAUGUCAUUGUAUUUGCUCAUCUCUCUCUCUCUCUCUCUCUCUCUCUCUCUCUCUCUCUCAUACACACACACAAACACACACAUGCACACAACACACAGACAUAACUCACACACACACCUCCACACAUAUACACACGCACCCACACACCCACACACAAAUAAACAAACAUAACACAAAUAGAACACACACACACACACACACACACACACACACACACACAUACACACACACACACA